GUUACGCGCACUGUCGCAUAGACCUCGGACUCGAGUCAUGCUCGAGCUCAGGCUGCAACUUCAAGGUCUCUCAGUGCCCCAGGCACCGAGCCUCGCGGGACGAUACCCACAUCGUAAUCAGGGGCACCUAUAUCGAGCGUAUGCACUCCGUCGGGGGUGCACAAGCCAAUGGGGGAACACCGCUUUAUCUGGCCGUCUGUGAGUCUCGAGACAUCGUGACUGCGAGAGUCCCGAGCACUUUGCCGCACUGCCGCUAUCUCGACGCCAUUCCGCGCGAAGAGCAUAUAUAAGCCUGACGACCGGGAUCAUGUCGCUGUCUCCUGUUCCGCAACAUUGCCAGCAUGGGUGCCCAGCCGUCCAAGCCUGCCCCCGCCCCCGCCCCCGCCGAGGUGCACGACGAGAAGCGUGCGGCGGUGGACCGCGUCGCUGCCUCGCUCUCCUCUCUCCAUCUCCGCGCAGCAACCUCGGAGGACGGCUCGCUAUCGCUUGCGAACCUCGACUCGUGGGAGGAGCAGGUCUCGUCGCAGCCCAAGCUCCAGCUGACCCGCACCGUCCUGCACAACUCGGAGAUCCAGAGCGCGCUGCUCAGCCGGACGGCGAAGGUCGCUGAUGCACACGUCUUCAACACCCAGCUCGACUUCAAGACCGGCCCCGUCACCAACCAGAAGUCGUCUGGCCGGUGCUGGCUGUUCGCGACGACGAAUGUCUUGCGCUACAACGUCAUGAAGAAGCUGAACGUCGACAACUUCCAGCUCUCGCAGGCGAGUGGAAAGCGGCCCUACGUGUCUUAUUCGUACUUGUUCUUCUACGACAAGCUGAACAAGUGCAACUACUUCCUGGAGUUGUCGAUCCAGCACGCGGGCCUCCCCGUCGACGAACGCAUCGUUUCCCAUACUUCGCAGGAUCUCAUCAGCGACGGUGGCCAGUGGGACAUGGUCGUCAACGUGCUCGAGAACUACGGCGUCGUCCCACAAGCGGUCUACCCCGAGUCGCAGCACUCCUCCGCCUCCAGCCCGCUCAACACCCUGCUGAAGACGAAGCUCCGGGAGCACUCCCUGAUCCUGCGCUCGCUCCACGCGUCGCUGCGCGCGGACUCCUCGCUCUCCGACGCGGCGGUCCUGAGCACGCUGCGCGCGAAGAAGGAGGAGCUCAUGAAGGAGGUGUACACGAUCAUGACCGCGACGCUGGGUGUCCCGCCGCGCGCGAACGACAAGUUCGUGUGGGACUACUACGACAAGGACGGCAAGGCUGGCCACUGGGAGGGUACGCCGAGCGAGUUCUACAAGACGUUCGCGUACGACAAGUAUGCGCCGUCCGACUCCUUCUCGCUCAUCCACGACCCGCGCAAUGAGUUCGGCAAGCUCUACUCGGUCGACAAGCUCGGCAACCUGUGGGGUGGUCGUGACGUACUCUACGUGAACACGGAGAUCGACGACCUCAAGACCGCGGUCGUCAAGCUGAUCAAGGCCGGCCAGCCCGUCUUCUUCGGCUGCGACGUGGGCAAGUUCCUCGAGCGCCAGGACGGCAUCAUGGACCUCAACCUCUUCGACUACGAGAACGCGUUCGACAUCAAGCUCGGGAUGAGCAAGGCCGACAGGCUGCGCACGGGCGAGUCCGCGAUGACGCACGCGAUGGUCAUCUCGGGCGUGCACCUCGACGCCGCGGGCAAGCCGCUCCGGUACAAGAUCGAGAACUCGUGGGGCGACGCGAGCGGCGACAAGGGGUACUACCUCAUGACCGACGCGUGGUUCGAGCAGUUCGUGUACCAGGUCGUCGUCCCGAAGGCGCUUGCACCGAAGGAGCUCGUGAAGGUGUACGAGAGCGGCGAGAGGACGCUCCUCCCUCUUUGGGACCCAAUGGGUGCUUUGGCAUAGACCAGUAUUCACCUCGCGUUUUGCGUUAUCUAGGACUAUCCGUUGUACGUUGAUUGUAGUGCUAUGUAUAUUGAUGCUGUACGGUAUGGAAUCUCAAAGCUUUGGCGUUCACAAGGUCCGCGUCGCUCUGAUGACCUGUUCUGAAGUGGGACUCGGUAUGCACCAUGAAACACUGGCAGAUGAGCGCCCCAUUAGCUCCAAGCUACGACGAGGUUCUUGUCCAGGACGGCCUACACUCGCGCGCCGCGAAUGCGAUCGAAAGUGAGUUCUUGAUGAACUUGAACGAGACUGAUAGUAUGCAUGGUAUGGUAUAGCUUGUACAUGAUUAGGUGUAUGCUUUAGUAGGGUAUGCGGUGAGCAAGAUACGUAU